AUGCUGGAGACAGAGUUGAUCCGCCGUCUCAUCUCUUCUUACUUUAAUAUCGUGCGCGAGACCAUUGCCGAUCAAGUCCCCAAGGCCAUUAUGCAUCUACUCGUCAACCACAGCAAAGAUGUCGUCCAGAAUCGACUUGUCAGCGAAUUGUAUAAGGAGGAUCUCUUUGGCGAACUGCUCUACGAAGACGACGGCAUUAAGGCCGAGCGUGAGAAGUGCGAGAGGCUGUUAGAGACAUACAAAGAAGCCGCCAAGAUCGUCGGUGAAGUGUUAUAG